AUGAACACCGCAAAGCUCGGGGACGACAUUCUCGCUGCGAUCAUUCCACACCUCUCCUCAGCCGAUGCUCUUCUGUUUGGCGCAACAUGCUCCUUCCUGCGCGCCAUCGCCGUGCGCCAUGCGGUUCGGGACGUUUCGUUCGACUCGGCCGAGCGCUUCACCAAGUUCAGCGCGUUCAUGCUCGCCCGCCCUUCUCGCCUCCUCCAGCUGCGCAGACUCAGUCUCGGCGCUGGGAUUGUCCGGCUUCCGACAGCGCUUUUUGACGCGCUAGACUGUAUAGCGCAGCUCGUAGCACAGGCCUCCAAGCUCGAGCACCUGACGUUGCGCUGCGCGGAGCUGCUCGUGUCGUUCUGGCAGCCCCUCGGGGAUGCAGUGGCCUCUCGUACCAGUAUCACGUCGCUGGAACUCUCCACAAUCGGCGUGGCAACUCAGAGCGCUAUCCUCAACCUCAAGUGUGCCCCGAUCCUUCAGGAUCUCGCACUCGCCGAAGGGGACUAUGUCCCCACGCACCUCGAGAAUAGCACCAUUCUGCUCCCUUCCCUACCUAGUCUACGCACCCUUACUCUCAGUAACCUCGUCAAUAUCCCUCUACGCGCCACACUUGCCAGCCGCACGCCGGCGCUCAAAAGCCUGCGGCUGCGCAGCCUCGAGUUCGUCGACGCGGACCCGGAGCCGGGGGAAUGGUGGACCGCGCUGGAACUCAUCCGAGGCGACAUUCCGUCCCUCGUCUCCCUUCGCAUCCCGCGCCCAGUCCGCUCGUUGACGAUCGACGUGACACUGGAGAACGAGGAAGCGUGGGACCCCGCCUUGCUUCUCGACGUCUUCCAGAGGGCGUCUCCGACGUGCCUGUCCAUCGGCCUACAGGCGAGCUUCCGGGAGCCAUUCUGGCAGACCUACGUGUCCGCUCUACCAAGGUUGCGAUAUCUACGUCUCAUCGUGGAGGCAUCCGAUCCCGGGGAGAUGCACAACUGCACCGACUGGCUGGACAACAUCUGCAUGCCGGGAGCUCGGCCUCUGAUUGGAGUUAGCGUGUAUGUAUGCGUAUCUCCGGAUGAACCCCGAGAUGGCACCCUGACAGCUGAGCCGCUGCACAUCCGAAUCCGCGACGCCCUCUCCCGCGCUCUACCUACGGUCCGUCUAUUCGGGUUUGCCGUCGGGUAUAGCUCCAAAAUGGAUUACAAGUACGAUUUCAUGGAGCGGGACACAUUUUCGUGGUGGCAGAGGGUUGAAGAUUCGGGAGGAGAGAAUCAGAAUGUCGGGGAUAGCGACGAUUUGAAUGGUGGUCCGGAGGAACCUCAGUGGCAGAGAAUGUCUCUUAUCCACGACAUACAGUGCGACUUCGACAGACGAAUCCUGCAGUCCGACAUCCCUGCUUUUCCACUACACGUCCUGGUCCGAUACGAAGUCUGCUACGACCACCGCGAUACGCCUGAAUUCGACGUGGUGCUAGAGGACGCGAAGCGGUGGCUGGAAGAUUACCCGCGAGAACGGCUGCAGAAGGGGGUUGAAGAGGGCGACGCAGCGUGCAUACUAGAGUCAUGCCUCAGGAAGAUGUCGCAGUGCCAGCCAGGGACAGAUAGACUAGAAGAUACCCUGAGAAACAUCGAACGCGUCUCCGGGCUCUGCGGCGAAGACGGCGAGCCUAACCGCCUCCCGCCCGUCAUCAACAACACGGAGCUGCUCCAGAAACGCGCGCUCGCCGCCUGGGCGUGGUGGUUCUUCCAGAUGUAUUUCAUCCGUGACCCGGGCGCGUCCCUCCACGCGAUCACCGUUGAGCCCGCCAUGCUGAAUGCCGCGUGCUGCGCCAACGAGUGCGCGCACCAGUCCUUCCUCCCGCCCAUCGUGCUGCGCAUCGCCGCGUGGCUGUCGACCGUGAAGCCGCGGUUCGGCGUCGACGUGCGGGCGAUGCCCAAGUUCAAGGAGUUUACGUUCCUCUGGGUCGCAUAUGCGAUCUACCAGAUGGUCGCAAUAGAGCGGGAAGAGGAUCACUUGGAGAAGGUCGCGAAGGCGCCGCACGAGUACAGGUGCGCCGCGGAUGGGUGCGGUAUCCAGGUGUACCAUCGGGAUGCGCUGCGCAAGUGCGGCGGGAACUGUCCGCCGGAGACGAAGCCGCGCUAUUGCGGGUACUGGUGCCAGGUGAAGCAUUGGUUUGUUCACCAAUACGUCUGCAAGAAGGGCCUCGCCGUAGACCCCAUCAUCGACGACGACGGAGAUCCCGACUGGAUAGACGACGAAACGUACGACACAACCUACUGGGACCAGAACGGGAUAGAGGACGAGCUUGUGUGGGGAUACAUCGAGCGCUGGGAGUUCUUCAUUGACAUCGAGCACCCGAGCCCGUACCGGAAGGGCGAAGUCUACCGGAUUCGCUCAAAGACUUUGAGCCCGGAGUUCCUCAGGUCGUAUCGGUGGUACUGGAAGCUACCCUCUGACGACCGUGUCUUUCAAGAACGGCAUUCUACGCCGACGCCCACGGGUUCUUUGCCGUUCGUCUCACGCAUGCAGGGCGCUCGACUUCUCGCCUUCGCUGUGCCGGAGACUGAGUGCAACGCGUCCGAGUCACCCUCAUCCCCUCGCUCGCCACUGUACAAGCACGCGACGUCCCUUCACAGUUGAGACCGACUCUGAGGCCUGAGGCCUGAAACAUGACGUCGGAAGUGACCUCGGGCUCCCGCUGAAAGCCGCGGUCGUACGUAGCUUGACCCGAUCUCAUUGC